CCUUGAAGCAAGAUCCAAAGAAAAGUAUACUCCUUUAUUUUUCAUGGUUUCAUACUACAAAACCAGCUCUUAUUUCUCAAACCCCAUUAGAUUUUUUUGUCUUUAAACCCUCAAACGACAAAAAUAUAAAUAAAACAACACAAACUUUAUGCAGAAACUAAUAAAAGAUUUUCAACAUCAAGAAACAAAAUUUGGAAAUCUCUCUCUCUUUCUCAAUUAUGAAACUCAUCUAUCAAUUCUUCAUCUUCUGGUUCUUCUUACCAUUCUUUGUAAUCUCCGGUGAUGGUGAUAAUAAAAAUCUCAUCUUUAAAGGUUGUGCUAAUCAGAAAUUCCCAGACCCAACUGGUGUUUUCUCUCAGAAUCUCAAAAACUUAUUCACUUCUUUAGUUUCUCAAUCAGCACAAAGCUCUUACGCCUCCGUAACCUCCGGAACUGAUAACACAACCGCCGUGAUCGGUGUUUUUCAGUGCCGUGGCGAUCUCCACAACGCUGAGUGUUACGAUUGCGUCUCUAAAAUCCCUAAACUCGUUUCUAAACUCUGCGGUGGUGGCGGAGAUGACGGUAAUGUGGUGGUGGCUGCUCGUGUGCAGCUCGCCGGAUGUUAUCUCCGGUAUGAAAUCUCAGGAUUCCGACAAACUUCUGGUACGGAGAUGUUGUUCCGUAUCUGCGGGAAAAAAGAUUCCAGCGAUCCUGGGUUUGUCGGGAAGAGGGAGACGGCGUUUGGUAUGGCGGAGAACGGCGUGAAAAGUGGAUCAUCCGGUGGCGGUGGUGCUGGCGGUGGUGGUGGCGGAGGAGGGUUUUACGCGGGGCAAUAUGAGUCGGUGUACGUGUUGGGACAGUGUGAGGGUAGUUUGGGAAAUUCAGAUUGUGGGGAAUGUGUGAAAGAUGGAUUUGAGAAAGCAAAGAGUGAGUGUGGAGAUUCGAACUCGGGACAAGUUUAUCUUCUUAAGUGCUUCGUUAGCUAUAGUUACUACUCUCAUGGUGUUCCCAACAACAUAGAACCAAUUUCAGGUGGAGAGAAGAGACAACACACAGAAAGGACGAUAGCUUUGGCGGUGGGAGGAGUUUUUGUUUUAGGGUUUGUGAUUGUUUGCUUGUUGGUUUUGAGAUCUGCCAUGAAGAAGAAGAGUAAAUAUGAUGCUUAUUAAUUUUGUCAUUUAAUUAAUUAAUUUUUUUUUUGUCUAUUUGUCACUCAGUAUCUAAUUUCUCUUUCAAAUCUUUUCAUUUAUUUAAAUGACCAUUGAAGGAUGAAAGAGAUUCCUCAACUUACUGAUUA